UCCAGAAGUUUAUAUAAUUCAACUUUUAUCUUAAAUGAGUUUGAAAAUUAAAAUUCGAUGAAACGCAAACGGAGUUUCCAGCACAAAAUUUCAAGUGGAGUUCGUGCUUGAGCUUUCUACUGUACGGACUCCAUUGACUCGAUUACACCGUAUGGAUUGCACCCCUGACGAGCAUCAAACCUUCAUCAACAUUGGAACCGAGUCCAUAGUAAACUGAACAACUCUCUUUCUUACAACAGCAGAGACCAGACACAUGCACUGUUGAUUUAGUGAGAGAAAGUUGUGAUUUUUGAUGGAAAGAGAGGUGGGAUUGGAUGGGUUAGAAGAUUUUGCUCUCCACAUAAUUUUAUCAAAAUUAGGUCCAGCUGACACUGUCAAGGUUUCAUGUGUCUGCAAAAGGCUUAGACUUUCUGCUUCUGAGGAUUCUCUUUGGGCCCUAUUUUGUUUCCAAGAUCUUCAUCUUUCAACCCCUCAAGAUCAUCAAGGAAACCCUGCUCCUUCUUUCAAGGCAGCUUAUCAAUUAUGGCGAGAGGCUUUUGCUAUGUAUCCAUGGUCACUUGUUAAACGAGUUAAAAGAUGUUGGGACAAGCUUAAAAAAUGGUUGAGUGACAAUUUUCCGGAGGCUGGGGCUACACUUAGAAGGGGUGCAUCUGAAUCUGAUAUUCAACAAUUGCAGACACUUUUUAAAGUUAAAUUGCCUCUUCCCACUAGGCUUCUCUAUCGUUUUCAUGAUGGUCAAGAACUGACGGAUAAAGAGCACUCACUGGGAAUUAUAGGUGGCUACUCUUUCCCUCACCAUUUGGUUAAUGUCUACUUGUUACCCAUAAGUCAGGUCAUAAUGGAAACAAGAGGGUUCAUACAUCACCUAGGUUUUUUUAGCAGAUCUAAAUACAUCGUUAUGGCUGCUUCUUCUACUUCUUACACUUAUACUGAGAAGUUGUUUUUCUUAAACUGUACCAAUGGCCAACUUUAUGUUUGUACAAGGAGCCAUCCUACGGAUGGAGAAAUGAUUGAAUGUGUCCCAAAUGCUCUGGUUCGUUCUGUACAUGAUUUGCAUGGUGAUCAGCAGCAAGAUGCCAUGCUGCUGUGGUUAGAAGAACACGGUUGCCGCUUAGAAAAUGGCAUUAUUAAAGUUCGUGAAGAACGAAAUGUCCGAAGUAUCAGUCUAUUUCCAGAGGUUCCACCCCAAUGUUCCACUGCUGUAACAAAUGGUGUGCAGGUUCGUGCUUCUGCUGUGUUUGUUCCAGAAUUUGCUGAGCCGGAAGCUGAGAAGUACUGGUUUGCUUAUUCAAUCCGUUUGUCCCUCUUGCCUGAGGGGUGCAUCAUUAAUGGAAUGACCUUCAAGUCCUGCCAACUGAAUUGGAGGCACUGGAUCAUUCGUGCUAAUGAAGAUAUUGUAUUUGAUGUUAAUGGAGAGGCUGUCAUUGGAAAGUUCCCUCUGUUGCAUCCUGGCGAAGAUGAAUUUGUUUACGAGAGCUGCACGUCUUUACCAUCUUCUUCAGGUUCUGUCGAAGGUUCUUUCACAUUUGUCCCUGGCAGAAUUGUUUGUUGGUAAAGAAAAGCACAAACUGCAAGCAAUUCCUGCCUGAAGUGUUAAGAGUAAUGUAGACGUGGCAUAGGAAGUGUACAUGUGGUUGAUUGUUGGUUUUGGCAACAGCUUAAAAAUUCUCCAAAUAGAAGAGUAAAUAAUUAUUGAUGGAGUAUUAGAGUCCGGUAUACCCACCAAAUCGCAUAGGUUUUACUUAUGCAUAUCCGUACUAGGAUGCGUAUAUGUGAUUCUGCAUGUAAUCUGAUCUGGAUCUGUAUUGUUCCCUCCCAUAGUUUAAUUGUCCUUUUCUUUUAUAUAUUUUUGGGUUGUUUCUAAGAUAUUGUUUGCAAUCAAAAGUUAAAGCUACUCUAUAAUAAAUCUUUGUUCCCUGUUACAAUGUUAUUUACUAGAAUAACUCGACCUCGUUUUCUUUUCCCUCUUCCCCCCCUGCAUGGAGAGCAAAGAAACUUUG